AGUGGCUCAUCAGUUUUUAUUAUUUUUACUAAACAGUCAGGUGGUUGCCUAUGCAGUUGCUUGAUAAAGACUUAUUUUACAGAUAUCUGGGUCCGUGAGGUUCUCAUAGAUUUUGUGGGAAAGUUUCUUGAAGAUAGGCUGAGCCUUCGCUGCUUUUUAAACAGAACUGUCUGACAGGAGGCAUGUGGUUGGCAGCAGAGUGACAGAUAGGAGAUCUCACACCCUUCCUCCUCUCCUUGACCCCAUCCCAGAAAUACACACAGACUGAGGUACUAGAAAGAGGGAGAGGAAGCCUUGGAGAGAAGAGAAGAGAUGGAAGGGGAGCUGGGGUCAGGCCCUUGGUGUCUGCAUCACCUGGAGACCGUGUCAGCAGGUAGACCAACUUACAACAGCUUUUAUGUGUAUUGCAAAGGCCCCUGUCAAGCAGUGCAGCCAGGAAAACUCAGGGUGCAGUGCAGCACCUGCAAACAAACAACGCUCACCUUGGCCCAGGGUCCAUCUUGCUGGGAAGAUGUCUUAAUCCCAAACCAGAUGAGUGGCGAAUGCCAGUCUCCGAACUGCCUUGGGACUGGAGCAGAAUUUUUCUUUAAAUGUGGUGCACACCCAACCUCUGACAAUGAAACAUCAGUAGCUUUGAACCUGAUCACGACAAACACUCGGGACAUUAGUUGCAUAACAUGUACGGACGUCAGGAGCCCGGUCCUGGUUUUCCAGUGUGACUUCCGCCACGUGAUUUGCUUAGACUGUUUCCACUUGUACUGCGUGACAAGGCUCAAUGAACGGCAGUUUGUCCACGACCCUCAGCUCGGCUACUCACUCCCUUGUGUGGCUGGCUGUCCCAACUCCCUGAUUAAAGAGCUGCAUCACUUCAGGAUUCUUGGAGAAGAGCAGUACAACCGGUAUCAGCAGUAUGGUGCUGAGGAGUGCGUGCUGCAGAUGGGCGGUGUGCUGUGCCCCAGCCCUGGGUGCGGAGCAGGACUGCUGCCCGAGGCAGGCGUGAGGAAAAUUACCUGUGAAGGAGGCAACAGCCUGGGCUGCGGGCUUGUGUUCUGCCGGGACUGUAAAGAGGCCUACCAUGAAGGUGAAUGCAGUGCCCAGUUUGAAGCCUCAGGAAUGAUUACUCAGGGCUACAGAGUUGAUGAAAAGGCAGCUGAGCAAGCUCGAUGGGAAGAGGCCUCCAAAGAAACAAUCAAGAAAACCACCAAACCUUGUCCUCGUUGCCAUGUCCCAGUUGAAAAAAACGGCGGAUGCAUGCACAUGAAGUGCCCGCAGCCCCAGUGCAAGUUUGAGUGGUGUUGGAACUGCGGCUUGGAGUGGAACCGUACGUGCAUGGGCGACCACUGGUUCGACGUGUAGCUCCCAGCGGCCGGACCGCCAGCAGCCCUCGUCUGACGCAUGCGGAGGGCAACCAUUAUCCGCCACUUUUCCUUUAGCCGAAUACACACACGCACACGCAUGCACACAUUUCAAGUUCUUUCCAAAAUCACGAA